AUGGCUGGUGGUACGAUCUUAACUUCAAGGAACAACGCAGGCCAUCGGCCCAUCUCCCAGAUUGAAAGGUCGGAUCCCAGAGAGUUCCAGCUCAAUCAGCUCAGGCGGCGUUUCCGUAUAACAGAGAGCGCCGAUGAAUCGGGAACCACGCUAUCCUUCGGGAUGGCUCCUUCGGAUCCAGAUUUCCCUUUUGAACUACAGAGCUUACAAUGCACUUUGCACGUCCCCUCGACUUAUCCCGCGCGCGGGAGGCCUUCUCUGAAGGUGGCCAACCCCGAAAUGGGAGCCGACUUUCAAGAGAACAUCUCGAGAGGAUUUGACGAUAUCGUUGAUAGCUCGAUACGGAUGGGUGGGCGUGAAACCCUACUCAACUGGAUAAACACACUGGACCGACAUCUUGAGCGCUUGCUGACGACUAUUGAGAGAGGACCGACGCUCAAAUUUGUCCCAAACGCUGGCAGAAGGGAGGAGAAUGUUGGCCGGGAUAUAGUUGACGACCUGAAAUCAUUGGCAGUUUCUCAAACUCCUGUACGGAAACCAGAGCCUAGAGCUCCACCGGUUGUCCAGGCGCGCCCCGUGUAUACGGCAGAGGAAAAGUCUCAGGCAGAGAAGCGGAGGGCAGUCGAAACAAAGCAACUCGAAGCACGCCUUGGGAGAUUGCCGCUAUUUCAAAAAGCGAGAGAUGGUCUGUCAUUCGUCAUACCCAUUCAGCCCGCCAAAUCUGACCGUCUUCCCAUUUCCAUACGACCUGUCAAGACCGUCAAACUUUCUGUACCCCAGCUGUAUCCCCUCGAACACAGCUCUAUUGAGUUGCAAGGGGUUUUGGGCACGGAGGCCGCUGCCGUUGAAGCAGGAUUUUCGCAGUGGCUAAAUGACCACCUACAGCUGAAUUUGGUUUCCCAGGUCAACUACCUGGCAAGCAACAUGCACAACUUUGUAAAAACUUUGGUUGAAGCUCCUGAGCCCAAGGAGCCGGAGCCCGAAAUGCCAACUCGAGAGCCUGAGCCGCCCGUGGAACAGAGGUCCUCAAUUGACGAAGAUAAACCUCAUCUUCAUGUCAUUCAACGACCUCCAGAGUGGACUGUUCGCGAAGGAGGAAGCGGUAGCGAAGAGACAGAUAUCACCACGACAGAAGAUGAAUACUCGGACGACGAGGAAGAUGGCGGUGCGCCGGUUCCUGCUAUGUCAGAGCCUACUACUGAACAUGGCGUGGCUUUGUCAUUCCCGUUUUUGGAGCUCUACGGUAUUGAGUUGCUGGAACUCGUUGGCCUUUACAUUACAGUCAAGUGUGAUAGGUGCAAGGAGCCAUUGGAUGUCAGGAACAUUCCUCAGACCAAAGACAGCAGUGGUGCCCUUUCUCCCAAGGUCGAAACCUGCAAGAAAUGCUCAAACUGCAUGAGUCUAGGGUUUCGCCGGUUGUUCAUGCACCCGAAUGCCAACCGAGCGGGAUACUUGGACUUGGAUGGUUGUACAGUUGUUGACCUUCUCCCAAGUGGGUUUAGCCCUACGUGUGCGGAAUGCUCAACCUCGUUUCCUGGACCUGGUGUGGUUGCGGUUCGUGGAGAGAGCGCUAUGGCAAACUGCCGCCAAUGUCAUCGUAAAAUGGUUCCAGAGGUGAAAUUUCUCAAAGUGGGAUCUGCAGCAUUUUCGUCGCGUGAUCGUGCACCAACUCGGCGAAAGGAGGUCCUCGGUAUUGUGGCGGGUCAGGAACUACCUCGUCGCGGUCGAUGCAUGCAUUACAGCAAAAGCUAUCGUUGGUUUAGUUGCUGUUCUAAAGUCUAUCCUUGUGACAAGUGCCACGAUGCGGACACAGACCAUCCAAACGAGCACGCAAAUCGCAUGAUCUGCGGCUUCUGCUCUCGAGAACAAAUCUACCGACCAGAGAAUUGUGGUAUCUGUCGCGCAUACCUUAUUGGCAAAGCAGGAAGCGGCUUCUGGGAAGGAGGGAAAGGGACCAGAAACAAGACGCUGAUGAGUAGGAAAGACCCCCGGAAGUAUAAGCGACGUCCGGGAACAACACCUGGUGGCGCAAGCUCGUCGAAGAAGAAAUAA